UUGAUUUAUUUAUUUAUUUUGAAAAUGUAUGGUACUCUUACAUGUUAAAUUGUUAAUCUCACAAGUCUAGAUUCACUUUAUCUCACAAAAAUGGCAAAAAUUUAAGACGAGAAAAGGGUAAUGGUUAUUUAUAGCUUUUAUAACCAAAUAAAGAUACAAACAAAUAGAAAGUGGUCAAAAUGAAACACAAAAAAUUAAAUAAAUUCCAUACAAAAAAAAAUUUAUACUCCGGUAUUAUACUAACACACUUUCUAAAAUCCACGAAAAUCAUGCACCCACCUCACCCUCUUCUUCUCCUUCUUCUCUCACUCCUACAUUGUGCCACUUUUUUCAACCUUUGUGGACCCCAAAAAUAUACUCUCCCUCCCUUCUAUUUAAUUUCAAAAACCCACCUUUCUUCUACCCAUUUUCCCCCACUCUUUACUUUUCUUUAACCCCUUUCUCAACCCCACUAAAAACAGAGCACCCAAAAUAAAAAACAGAGUACCCAAAAAACAGAGGAAAACAGAGUAAGUAAACAGAGGAAAUUAUGGGUAAUCAGAAAUUUAAGCUAUCAGAUAUGAUCCCAAAUGCUUGGUUUAACAAAAUGAGAGAAAACACAGCAAAAUCUACAAAAUCUCAACCCCCAAAGCUUAAAAAAGACCACCUCCUCCCGCCACCGGUGUCGGCAUCUACCAUCAAAACCACCAUUGAUCCGUCGCAAGUUUCGAACCCCGAACCUCAAUGCCAACCUAGAAAAUCAUACCAUAUCACAAGAGAGCUCAAUUUCAACAAUACCCCACCUCAAGAACUAGACUUUCUUCCUCAUACUCCUCCAAGAAAAUCAAAAUCAUCUUCAAAAUCAAGAAAAUCAAGCAGAAGAACAAAUUCAAUCUCCUCUAGUAGCUGUAAAUCAACAGUUACUUAUCAAUCAUAUCGUUCUAAAUCAAAUUCUCCAUCUUCUCCUCCCCAGUUUGAAGAUACGCUGCUCAAAACAGAGCAUAAAACAGGGGAUUACGAUAUCGUAAUCGAUGUCGAUAAAAACUUUUUAUUCAAUGAAAUUACCACAUUCGAUUUCAAACUCCCUCCAAUUAUCACCAAACAUGAAGUAAAACCCAGAAAUCUAAACGAAAAACAAAAUUUGAUUACUGCUCCGGUUUCGAAAGAACAGAGGAUCAACACUCCUCCAAAGAGACUUCCAUUGGAAAGAGGAGUAAGAUUGAAGAUCAAUUCUCCAAGAAUAAUGGGAAGAAAACAGGGGAAAAAUGGGAAUUAUCCAAGUGGAAGAAAGAGCACAGGUUCAAAGAAGAGAAGAAGUAUUUCAGAGAGUUUUGCAGUGGUAAAAUCUUCAUUUGAUCCUCAAAGAGAUUUUAAAGAAUCAAUGGUGGAAAUGAUUGUGCAAAAUAAUCUAAAAGCUUCAAAAGAUUUGGAAGAUUUAUUAGCGUGUUAUCUUUCUCUUAAUUCAGAUGAGUAUCAUGAAGUUAUUAUUAAGGUUUUUAAGCAAAUCUGGUUUGAUUUAAGGCACCAAAAAUAAUUUUGUGUAGAAAGAAAAUAGUUUAAUUAUCAAGUUUUAUUUAUUUAAUUAUUAGUAAAAUUCAUGGUAUAGUUCACUAUUAGAGUAGUUGGAGUAAGAAAUUAUUGUAUGUAUGUAUGAUAUUUUUGUCCAUUACUAUUAAUUAGCU